CACUGAUGCACAGUGAUAGGCGGCACUGACUGGCACUGAUUGGCAGCACUGAUAGGUGGCACUGACUGGCAUUGAUAGGUGGCACUGACUGGCACUGAAAGGCAGCUCAGAUGGGCACUGAUAUGUGGGAUUGAUGUGGCACUGAAAUGUGGUACUGAUGUGGCACUGAUGGGCACUGGCAGGUGCCAUGGAUGAGCACAGAGCUGGCACUGAUGGACACGGACAGGUGGCGCUGCUGGGGCUAUACAGAUCAUCAGGGCACACUGAUCAUCAGUGCUUUGAUGAUCUGUAUAGAUGUUCCCACCGAGGAAUGCCGAUUACUGGCUCUCCUCUCCUCUGUCAGUGUGACAGCUCUGAUCCUCUGUGUCUGAGGGAC